GAGCGCGUGAGACUUUGUUGAUCCUCGUUUUGGGGAAUCUGGUCUUUAACAAGAAGCACCUACUUGUGAUGAAAUGUCAGCACUGGUGAGAGUGAUCAACAUGGCCGAAACACACCGAGUGACAGCGCAGGGCAGGAAGAAAUGGGUCGUUCCACAGAGAAGUGAUGAGAAUAAACCGAGUGUUCGUCCUCCUGACAGAACUGAUGAGAGAAAUCUGGCGGUUCCUUUCAGAGGUCACAUCACAGGGGGGAUGCGUCCGGGGAAGAAGGUUGUCGUGGUGGGUGUCGUGGAAUCGUGUCCUAACAGGUUCUACGUUGCCCUGACAUGUGGUCGUGGAUCCGGGGAGCCUCCGCCUGAUGUGGCUCUGGAGCUCUGUGUUCGAUUCAGGGACCGGCAAGUCCUGCGCAGGGCCUGUGUGGCCGGAUCCUGGGGGGACGCCGACCGAGCCGUGCCUUUCUUCCCCUUCAUCAGAGACCAGCCGUUCAAGAUUGAGAUUCACUGUGAACAAAGUCGGUUCCGUGUGUUUGUGGACGGACAGAAGCUGUUUGACUUCCAUCACAGGUUGACGUCGCUCGGCGAUAUCGACACGUUGUGGAUCAAAGGCGGCGUCACCGUCACUAAACUGGCCUGAAGUGAAGGACCGUUGCACAAUGAGUCCAAUCUCACGACCUCCAGGACUCACUGCGUCUAGACACACUGUGUGCUCACGCUGGAACAUUUUGGUUCCAGAUGUUCAAUAUGGAGAGAAAUGAGUCUUCAGUUUUGGGACAAAUAUGUGUGUUCAUGAUCUACUUAAGGAAAGUUGAAGCUGUGUGGGAACUGUCAUUUGUGAAUAUGUUGAAACAUUUGCCAAAGUCCCUGCAAAAAGUUCACAGAACAUUUUAAAAUCCCAAUUGUAAUGCCCUUCAUUGUUUUGUUGUUGAUCGGUUUUUCUUGGAGGCUCAGAUUUUCAGAAAGGUCGUUUUUUACCUUGUUGCUGCUGAACUGACUGAUGAGGCGCCAACUUCAUUUCGUUAUAUCUUUUUACAAUGACAAUAAACAUCCUUCUCCUUAUCUUUAUCCUUUCUAAAUACAUUUUAAUGCCGAUGUUUGUUCAGCCAACAGGACACAACUACUGCAACUGUAAAUAUCAUCUAACAGCAUAAACUGGGAUUAGCUGAAGGCCGCUGAUGCCGUGGGUGGAAUUGUUUUUAUAUUUUGUAAUAUGUUUUGUUUUUUAAAAUCACACUUUGUAUUAGUAAACAAAGCCUGAAGAUAAGGACAGCGAGGCCUCCAUGUUUAUGUGAUGACUACCUCAAACCACGUGGUGGGAUGUCCUGCUGCCAUCCAUAU